UUUGUGCAUGUUGUACAAAGCAAUCCAAGGACGACCUCUAGGCUCUGGUAUGAUUGAGAGGAGGGACGAUGAGUCACUUGACUACCGAACGAAGACUGACAGCACCAAUGGUUUGCCAUUAGAUGGACCACCAACUCCCUGUCCAGCAAAGGUGGAAUAUGCAACACCUGUGUUUGCCAGAAAUUAUCAAGGAGUUUGGCGAUAUGUGGUUCAAAUUCCAUAUGAGGGAUACUUCACACAAACAGUAGAAGUAACAAGAUGCGUACAAAGUAAGUGUCACUACAUGGACGGUGGUUGUCUGUCUUCUCCAAGAUGGGCAAGUUUACUUGUAGCUGAAAUUUUCUACCCUGACACUUUCUUGCCAUCAAAUAGACGGCAACCAGUUGUGCAUCGAACUCCAGUGGCUGGAGAGGAGCCACCAGCGGUUCAAGACUUCCAACAAUAUCAGCAAUAUUUACAAAAAAGAGCUGGCUCUGAAAACUCAACUCCUAGCAGUAAGCGUUCACACUGCGAUGGCGUUGAUCAGCUGGGUUGCUUCCAGGUCCGUCUAUACUAUGACUGGUUCUUAAUCCCUGGAAGCUGUAAAUGCUGGAGGCCUGAUUACUUCUCGAGGUAUGUUCGGAGAAAACAUAUGGGCUCUGAACUUUAGGGACUAGAAAAUUUGUUUUUGAGAAAUUAUGCCAUCCUUGAAGGCCUGUUUUCCACAGUAUCAAUGAUCUACAUUGCCAAUUUGUUUGGCACCUUCAGUGUAUCUGAGGGCCACCUUGAUUUAUGAAGUUUUAAGCUCUCUUGUGCUCAAAAAAUCAAAGAUUUGCCAUAAUUUACAACCACAUAACUGAGCAUCCAUUGAUUAGAGUUAACACUAUUCAAUCUAUAGAAUGAGAUUGGGUGCGUCCCCACAACAGAGUAGAUACAACUUGGAUUUCACUUUUAGGCACUACAAAAACCUGUUGGGUCAAAACUGCUGGAGGCUUAGUAAAUUUUUUAGAAUGCUUUCAUUUUUCUUCAGUUCAAAGCCAUGAUGUUUGGUAGAUUGAAGGCAAACAGUUCAUAAUUAUACGUAAAAGUUUGACUUAAAACAUUUCAUUUAUAAUUUUUAAGAAAAUUAACACCUCAUCUUCUCAUGAUUACCGGCCUACCAAAAUCAUUCCUCAUAUAUGUACGUCAAACUCAUUGAUCCUCAGGAAUCCAGAAAUAAUAUUUUUAUAAUUUACUUUCCACAAAUGAAGUAUGCUCAAAUUCACUUCGAAGAGGUGAAAUAAUUUCACUCGUAAAUACAUGCAGUGAAUCAACUUUUACUUUUGAGAAUUCGCUUGCAUUCAGUAUAACACUAUUUCUAAGGGCUCUUUAGGAUUGGUUGACCUAAUGGUCGUUUUAAGCUUGAUGGUCAGUUUCAGCUACAAUUCCUACAAUUAAUACAUACUUCCGGAUUCUCUAACCCACCUAAUUUUAUUUUCAAAGCACUGGAUGGCAACAGUCUAAAACU